GCUAAGCGCCCUUCAACAAUUGCUGCGGACAUUUUCAGAUUUUCAGGGACCCGCUCAAGCAGCAGACAGACAUGCUUUUUCCCCAUCCCUGAUUAGCAGAGCGCCUUCCUCAGGUCGUGAAAAGCCACUGCACAGUUCACGACUCAAGAAAGCCAUGGCCACUCACUUACCUAGCGUGAGCAUGGGGGUGGAGUGGUGAUCCCAACGCGCCUGACUACAUCAAUCGCCUUGAAAAGGCUCCCAUCCCGCAACGUUCUCGAAUAAUCCAGAUAUUCCACGCGCCGCCGUUUGCUCCAGGAUCCAACGGCCGCUCUGAUGUCAUACCGCGACUACCCGCGCGCGCAGAACCGGCCGCCACCGCUCGUCGACUUGAUCCCCCAUCAGCGCGACGACUUGGACGUGUCGGACGAGGAAGACGACUUCUACAGCAAGGAGGACGACUACCUGAAUAACCCCAAGUGGCGAUCGGGCAUUUCACGCGCAGCAGACGGCAUCCCCCGGAGAGUGCAGCGCUGUGUCGUCAUCGGCUUCGCGCUCGUGUUGCUUCUGUUCCUGAGCUGGAGAACAUACUUUGGGCCACAGUACGCCGCACGCGCCGCGCAAGCACAAGAGUUGAGGAUCAUGGAGGAGACGCCGGUCAUGGGCUAUGGGAGCAAUGUGCUCCCGCAGUUCAAGGGCAUGAUCCAGGUCAGCGACAUGGACGAGCAGCACCUGCCUAAGAAGGGGAAGCGGCUGGUGUUUGUGGGCGACGUGCAUGGGUGCAGGGAGGAGUUGGAGCAUCUGCUCAAGAAGGUGGAUUUCGACCACAAGCACGACCAUCUUGUCCUGACUGGCGACAUGAUCGCGAAGGGCCCCGACUCCCCCGGUGUUAUCUCUCUCGUGCAGAAGCUCGGCGCCUCAUGCGUCCGCGGCAACUGGGAAGACAAGCUCCUCCUCAGCAUCGCGCAAUCCAGCUCGAUCCCCAACACCGACUCGCCCGACGCCCUCGACGCCGCCUCGCACACACCCGGCAACCCCAAGCUACAGCACCUGGCCAAGAAAUUCUCGCACUCGCAACUCGCCUUCCUCCAGCAAUGCCCCGUCAUCCUGCGCAUCGGCAGCGUGCCCCACCUCGGCGCCCUCGUCGUCGUACACGCCGGCCUCGUCCCGGACAUCGCGCUCGAAAAGCAAGACCCCUUCCAUGUGAUGAACAUGCGGACCAUUGACCCCAAGACGCACAUCCCCAGCUCAAAGCACACGGGCACGCCCUGGGAGAAGUUCUGGAAUCACAGACAGGCCAAGGUGCAUGGGCAUGGGCACGAGCAUACGAGUAUCGUGUAUGGGCAUAAUCGCAAGAGGGGCCUUAAUCUGCAGGAGUAUACUUAUGGAUUGGACUCUGGGUGUGUGAGUGGUGGCCAUCUGACGGCGUUGGUUGUGGAUGGACAUGGCAAGACGGAGGUCGUGCAGGUCAAGUGUAAGAGGGCGGAGGGGUAUGAUACGGAUUAGAGUGUGGGGGUUGGGUAGUUUUUGGGCGUUGGAUGGUAGCGACUUGCAUUGCAUUGCGGGAGUUUGGAUAUCCUGUUCUAGGGGUUGGUGCUGCAUUGUGCUGGGCACCGUACGUUGGGUAGUU